GGGGCUUGCCCUCAGUCCGCGGGCGCUGCGGGCGGGGCGGGCACAAGAUGGCGGCAAUGCGGGCCGUGUGCGUGAUGCGGGGCGAGGGGGCUGUGGAGGGCGUCAUCCACUUCGAGCAGCAGGGUACCGGACCGGUGAAAGUGACUGGGAAAAUCACUGGAUUGGCCGAUGGAGAGCACGGCUUCCACGUCCAUGAGUUCGGGGACAACACCAAUGGGUGCACCAGUGCUGGCCCCCACUUCAACCCGCAGAAGAAGAACCACGGGGGUCCCAGCGACGCCGAGAGGCACGUGGGAGACCUGGGCAACGUGGUUGCCAAAGGAGGCGUGGCCGAGGUGUCCAUCCAGGAUUCCGUCAUUUCCCUCUCGGGACCUCACUGCAUCAUCGGCCGCACCAUGGUGGUGCACGAGAAGCGGGAUGACCUGGGCAAAGGGGGCAAUGACGAGAGCCUGCAAACUGGGAACGCAGGGCCCCGCCUGGCCUGCGGGGUGAUCGGGAUCGCCAAGAGCUAAGCGUGCUACCUGCUGUGCUCCUCCUUGCUGCUCCUGCCCUUCCUCCUGCAAGUUCAAGAUGUGUCAUUAAUCUCCUGCUCCUCUGCAUCCCGAGCGGCGCUCACACGUGGAGACUGACCGAGUUUUGUACGAUGUACGUUCAAUUAAAGUGUCCCUGAUGGAAUGCCUCUGUGGUCUCUGCUCGCGCUCCUGCUGCCGCUGUUCCGUGUCACAUCCCUGCUUGUGAGGGAAGAUGUGAGUAGUGCUCCUGUCCCGGCUCCUGGAGGAGCCCCCCACGCUCUGGCAAAGAGCAGCAGCCCCUGGGUGUGUCAGGGCUUCCUCCUGGGGCAGGGGCAGCAUCUGUAGGCUUCAAACCUGUGUAAUAAAUGUUCUGGGCAGAUA